CAGGAAUCGCAGUUCGGCACCAGUCCGUUCCACUCCGGAGCCCGUCCGUCCCAUCACUCCCAGAGGCUCCUAGCGAUCCACGGCCCACGAUCCUGUCCUGAACCGAGAGACCCGUGUGACGAUAUUCCCGUCCUCGAAAGCCCAAUUGGUUGUCUGCCAUCACCACCACGACGUUUCGACCACAUCACCACCCAACACCCAUCACCACCACAACCACCAGAAACAAUGGCUUCCGUCGCCCGUUCCUCCGCCCUCCUCAAGCAGGUUGCGGCCAAGCAGUCCGUUGCUGCCACCGGCCUCCGUGUCGCCGCUUUCCACACCACCUCCCGCAAGAGCUUGCUCCCUCCUCUUCCUCAGCGCAUUGAGGGCACAGUGAACGACCCCGUUGAGGUUCCCCCCACCUCUCCUUCCCAUGGCUCCUACCACUGGACCUUCGACCGUGUCGUCGCCGCCGGUCUCAUUCCCCUGACCGUCGCUCCCUUCGCCGCCGGCUCUCUCAACCCCACCAUGGACGCCAUCCUCGCCGCCACCAUCCUCAUCCACUCCCACACUGGCUUCACCAACAUCGUUGUCGACUACGUUCCCUCGAAGCGCGUCCCCAAGGCCCGCAAGCUCUUCACCUGGGGCCUUAACGCCGCUACCGUCCUCGUCGGCCUUGCCCUUUACGAGUUCGAGACCACCGAUGUCGGUCUUACCGAGACCAUCAAGCGCGUCUGGAAGGCUUAAGCGACUCUUUGCGACAAAUUCGUUGCGAGGACCGGUUGGAAAGAUGAGGGUUGUUUGAUAUGCAUUGGGAACUACCGAAACUCCUAAGGCCUCCUACUUUUUUUUUGGAUGGAGCAAAGGCCGGAAUGACGGGAAUAGGUGAGGGAGGGCACCUU